ACCUAACACUGUUUACGACAGUUCCCUGCCAUUUCUGGCAUAAACACAUGAGCGGCUGAAUUCAUCGGAGGUCAAAAGUUAUGGUCGUAAUCUUCAGCCAAAGCGAAACAUAACACAAACAUGGCCAGUUCCAUCGUGGCAGUGGGACUGGCUAUUGCAGCAGCUGGAUUUGCAGGUCGCUAUGCGAUGCAGGCCAUGAAGCAGAUGGAGCCUCAGGUGAAACAAGCCCUCCAAUGCUUCCCUAAGACGGCUUUUGGAGGAGGGUACUACAGAGGUGGAUUUGAACCGAAGAUGACCAAGAGAGAAGCUGCCCUUGUUUUAGGUGUCAGGUAUGUGUUGCUCUUGACCUCAUCAUUAACUCAUCCCAGCACCACCCAUCGAAAGCUGAUGAUCCUGAACCACCCAGAUCGAGGUGGCUCUCCCUACUUGGCAGCAAAGAUAAAUGAAGCGAAGGAUCUGAUGGACGGCCAGACAAAGAACUAGAAGAGGAGAUGCUGAAUAAACCUCUGAUUUCAUACUGCACUUAUUCAUGCUGUCGGACUGAUGGACAUGAGCGAUUACCAGAAUUUCUAUCACUGUUCUGAAAUAAAAUGACUGUACAAACUGUUAGAACACUC